GUAACGAGCAGCAGCGAGGAAUAGGUUGAAGAGGAGGAGAUGAUGGUCUCGGAGGAGAGCGGCGGCGGCGGCGAAGAGAGGGGCGAUCAGAAGGUGAAAGGAUCGUGGAGUCCGGAGGAGGACGCCGUGCUGAUGCGCCUGGUGGAGCGGCACGGGCCGCGCAACUGGUCGCUCAUCAGCUCCGGCAUCCCGGGGCGGUCCGGCAAGUCGUGCCGCCUGCGGUGGUGCAAUCAGCUAAGCCCCGCGGUCCACCAUCGUCCCUUCACCCCCGCGGAGGACGCCGCCAUCGUCGAGUCCCACGCCCGCUUCGGCAACAAGUGGGCCACCAUCGCCCGCCUCCUCCCCGGCCGCUCCGACAACGCCAUAAAAAACCACUGGAACUCCACCCUCCGCCGCGGCCGCCGCGUCGCCGAGGCGGGAGCAGCGGCCGUUUCUCCGGGGAUCUCCGCCGUCCCGAGCCCAGACCCCAUCUGCGCCGCCCCGUCCUCCUCCACUCCUCCUCCCACCACCGCGCCCGUCCUCGUAGCCCGCGGCUCGGACGUGAUGGAGUACUCCGAUUCGAGAUCGAGCAGGAAACGGCCGCGAAUGAGCGAGGAUCCGAUAGUCGGAGGCGGGUACAGCUCAGUCGCGGUGGAGCCGGCGACUUCGCUGUCGCUGAGCCUCCCGGGGGAGGUCGGCGCCGCGUCGGGGCCAAAGAAAGCGAGGGAGGAGGAAGUGGGGCGGAUGAGGGACAUGUGCCUCGUUUCCAUCAUGCGACAGAUGAUCGCAGAAGAGGUACGGAGUUACAUUGACAAACUGCGAUCGCAGGUGCCGGACGAUGCCUUCCCGGCAGCCGUCAAGCAGGAGGCCGCAUCCGACGCUGCAAUUUAGCUGCCUGCAUAAGCUCAUGUCUCUCCUACCAUUAUUGUUUUAUCUUGUUCGAGAGGUUUCAUGCUGCAUUAACAUUAACGCUUAGUUGCUAUUAUUUUGUAGAGAAAGCAUAAUUAGAGUAGUCUUAUUACUCUCUGCUGUAUACUUUUCUAGAAAAGAUCUUUCCCUUUCUACUAAAA